AUGGAGUCGUGGGAGACCUUAGAUGAGGCUCACACAUUGAUGGUGCUUACUCCCGAAGGAGUGGAGAUAGGCCAAAUAGAACACACCCUAGAGAGUGUUAAAGCUUUGGGUCGAGUCCGGGUGAGAGGCCGGAGAUACAACAAAGCGCUUGAUAGGCUAACUGUCCUGUGUGAAACCAAAGAGAAAGUAGAUGCCACAAGAAUCCCACCUGAAGUGUAUCCUAUGGGGGCUGGAGAGCCUUGGUCCAUCAUAGUGAUAGCUGAAGCUUCGCCUCGUGAGGGUUUUUCCCAGAGUAAAUCGAAACACGGGGCUGAGGCACAGGAGAAUGGUAACUCUGCGGAGUCGAUAAUCCGUGCUGUGGGCGAUUUGUUGGCAAAGAUGGAGAGACCCUCCAGUGAAGCCAGUGGUUAUCGUAGACUCAGAAUGUUCUCAGGCACAGUACCAACCCCGGUUGGAGAAGAGACAUUCGAACAGUGGGUUGAACAAGCACACCUAAUGGUGGAGGAGAGUGACAGUUCUGCUAAAGAAAAGAGGCGCAGAAUUAUUGAGAGUCUUAAAGGUCCAGCACUAGCUGUGGUGAAAGCUGUGAGGACAGCUGACCCUGAUAUUAGCCCAGAACAAUGUCUAGAAGCUGUUGCAAAAGCUUUUGGCAGUGCUGAGACGGGUGAGGAUUUGUACUUUGCUUUUCGGUUACUACAACAGCAACCGCAGGAAAAACUGUCCGACUUUCUGAGGCGAUUAGAGCAGUCGCUGAGUAGGGUAGUGAGUCAUGGCGGUAUUGAAGCCCACCGUGUUGAUAGAGCCAGAGUAGAACAGCUCCUCAGGGGUGCCGUGUACUCCGACAUGAUGUUAGUGCAACUCAAGCUAAGAGACAGGAAAGAAACCCCACCCAGUUUUGUAGAGCUCUUAAGUGAGAUCAGAAGUGAGGAGGAGUAUGAAGCCUCCCGGCUAAAUUGCAUCUGGUAG